AUGUCGCAUCGUAAAUUCUCAGCUCCCAGGCACGGGUCGAUGGGGUUCACCCCGAAGAAGCGAUCCAAGAGACAUAGGGGAAAGGUUAAAGCAUUCCCAAAGGAUGAUCCUAGCAAACCAAUUCAUUUAACCUCAUUCAUUGCGUUCAAGGCUGGAAUGACGCAUAUCGUUCGUGUGGUGGAUAAGCCAGGUUCAAAGGUGAACAAGAAGGAGGUGGUCGAGGCUGUCACAAUGCUAGAAGCACCACCAAUGGUGAUCGUUGGCAUUGUUGGGUACAUCGAUACGCCUCGUGGACCCCGUCAGUUCAAGACUGUCUGGGCUGAACAUCUCAGUGAGGAUUGCCGCCGUCGAUUCUACAAGAACUGGCACACCUCAAAGAAGAAGGCCUUCCAAAAACAUGCCAAGAAAUGGCAAGAUGAAGACGGCAAGAAAUCGAUUGAAGCCGAUUUGAAUAAGAUGAAGAAGUACUGCACGAAGAUCCGUGUUAUCGCGCACACUCAAGAUGAGAUGAUUGAUUGUAUUGGAGUGACGAAGGGUAAAGGAUUCAAGGGUGUCACGAGCCGUUGGCAUACCAAGAAACUGCCUAGAAAGACACACAAGGGUCUUAGAAAGGUGGCAUGUAUUGGUGCGUGGCAUCCAUCGAGAGUACAGUUCACAGUGGCGAGAGCAGGUCAGAAGGGUUAUCAUCACCGAACGGAAGUGAACAAGAAGAUCUAUCGUUUGGGCAAGUCGUGCCUGACCGAGGAGGGUAAAAAGAACGGUGGAACCGAGUAUGAUAUCACAGAGAAGAGUGUUAAUCCCAUGGGUGGCUUCCCGCAUUACGGUUUGGUGAAUCAAGAUUUCGUGAUGAUUCGCGGAUGUUGUAUUGGCUCGAAGAAACGACCGAUCACACUGCGAAAAUCACUGAUCACUCAAACGAAACGAUUUGCCCAUGAGAAGAUCAAUCUGAAAUGGAUCGAUACGAGUUCCAAAUUCGGACAUGGUCGCUUCCAAACCCAUGCCGAGAAGAAAGCCUUUAUGGGCAAGCUCAAGAAGGAUCUUAUUGCUGAGUCUGAGGGUGUUAAGGUUUAA